AUUCACGGCUGACGUUUUCCUCGCUCAGCGUCAGUGCCGGGAGGGUCCCGGCGGCCUAGAGGAGAGGAAGAAGAGGAGAAGGAGAAGAAGGCAGGGCCGGAGCCGUUCCUCCUGAGCCGGUGACUCGGUGGGCUCGCGGCGAUGCGGUUCCGUUUCGGGGUGGUGGUGCCUCCCGCCGUGGCCCAGGGCCGUCCGCAGGUGCUGGUGAUGGGCUCUCCGCCCGAGCUGGGGCGUUGGGCGCCUCAGAAGGCCGUGCCCAUGAAGCGGGCGGGCGUCGGGGUCGGGCCCGAGGCGAUACGCGGGCUGCAGGAGCCAGGCCUGUGGCUCGCGGAGGUGGAGCUGGUCGGGGAGCUCCCGGCGGAAGCCCAGGGGCAGCAGCAGCAGCAGGGAGAGCAACCGCAGCUGGUGGCAGUGCCCGAUGUCCUCGCUACGUUCUGUUACAAGUUCCUAAAGAAGGAGCCAGGAGGAGAGUUCUCCUUCGAAGGUAAUGGUCCUCAAUAUGAGCGCUACAGUAUUUACUCCGAAAGCAACAUGGUAGAUGGCGUGUACUGUCUCCCAAUUGCACACUGGAUUGAGGCCGCUGGGCAUAGGGAUGAUUUCAGUUGUAACAUUGCAGGCCAUCAAGCCAUGCAUUAUUCACAAAUCCUCCCAAACCUCUUUUUAGGAAGCUGCCCUCGCCAGUUGGAGCAUGUAACUAUCAAGAUAAAGCGUGAAUUAAGGGUGACAGCAGUAAUGAAUUUUCAGACCGAAGGGGAUAUUCUGCAGAAUUCAUCAGGCUGCAAUCCCUACCCAGAGCCCAUGAGCCCAGGCACCAUGAUCAGGCUCUAUAAAGAAGAAGGAAUUGAGUACAUAUGGUUGCCUCCACCAGACGGGAGUACUGAAGGGACAGUGAAGAUGUUGCCUCAGGCCGUCUCUUUCCUCCACUGCCUACUUCAGAAAGGUCACACCGUCUACAUACACUGCAAUGCUGGUAUUGGAAGAUCCUCGGCUGUCGUGUGUGGCUGGCUCAAAUAUGUCAUGGGCUGGAAGCUGAGGAAGGUGCAGUACUUCCUCAUGGUCAAAAGGCCUGCUGUGCAUAUCGAUGAAGAGGCUCUGUCACGUGCAGAAGGAGAUUUCAAUCAGAGAUUUGGGAAGCUUUGUCUCCCCUUAAGUAAUCUUAAUGUGUAAAACCACCAGCUUUUCCCUAAAAGCUCCUGUCAGAUAAUCAUAAGAUGAUUUGAAGACAGAAUCUUGUUAAACAGUAUUGUGGUAUGCUUUGAUACUACUAUUUAUUGUUGUUGUUAUUGUUGUUAUUAUUAUUAUUAGUCAGAAAUCUAUUUUCUCUGGAGCACC